UGACACAGUAGUGCAUUACUUUAGGAUUUGAGCAGUACCAAGUCGGAAGCUUCCCAUCUAAGCGAUAAUGUCUCGUGACGCCACAUGGACUCCAAUCAAGGUGCGUGGCAAACGUCGUGGGCAGCCCGAAGAAAAGCUUCGCAGUCAUAAAGUUCGCGAUCCUGUACCCAGAAGCUGGCGUACAACCCUUCAAGGGCCGUCCGAUGUUACUCAACCAGUAAGCCACACAUGUUCUCGAGGGCAAUUGAAGCGUCAUGAGAAUGUACACCUUGUGCCACUGGAGCUUCUGCCGGUCGAACUACUGCAUUUGAUAUUUGAGCUUUCAUCGAACCUCAACCUUCCGUUAGCAUCUCGCACGCUUGCAGUUGCGCUAUCGGAUAGCCAGCAUCUUCAGCUGCGCCUGGUGAGUCGGCUCCUCUCACCAGUCCUCGGAGAAAGCCAUCUUGAAGCCACUGCUACCGACAUUACGAAUGCUACUCGCUUGCUCGACAGUCGUUUCAUGACGUGGGCAAAGUUCACCGAAUGGCUGCUGCGGCAACAACUCAAACAAUAUAUGCAGGCAGUAGAUGGCGCGAAGAACGUUGAGGCAUUGUCUCGCUUGUGGUCAAUGCUUCGACCAUGCUUACGCCUCCCUCCUCCACAGAAACUCUUGCGACCACCCUUUACUAGAGACAAGAUCAAAUUCCUUGACCUUCUCACCCGCCAUGUAGAUGAUUUCUCCUUCUUCAGUCCAUUCUAUCACGAGCUCGCUAGAGAUGGCCUCUUGCAGGCCAUCAGUCGCGGCGCCACAGAAGCUGUUCCGCUGUUCUUCCGGAUGGGCAUGAAAAGUGAUACCGAAAUGCUUCGUGUCGCUGUCCAAAAUACCAAGUGUGAAAUCGGUGUAAUUGAGAUGAUCCUAAUCCAUCCUGGCGAUGUUGACUCUCUGGAUCUUCUUGAUAUAGAAUUGCACAAUCUUAUGGAUCGAGCCGAGAGUGGUCGAGGAGGAGCCUUGAAGGAGCUUAUCGCUACAGCGCAAAGACAUCGAGAAAUUGCUGAUCCGUAGGUGUGAAACAGUUAUGGUGGCCGACUUAUUAGCCACAUCUUGUCGAAGCCCUUCGCAGGCCGAUAUUGUACCUCGUAGCUGUCGAUAGAUUUUGGCUUGCUCCAGCACCUUCUGUGCCUAAUGCGGAGAAUACAUGUUUUCCGUGUAAUAAUCAACCA